AUGACGCCCAAGGACGUGGGAGCCGAGCGGGAGAGGCAGGUCUCUGAGCUGAUGGAGACGGUGCCGAGGACCGUUUUGGAGAAUGGAGGGAGCUACUACAAGUGUGAGGUCCAUCCCAAAUCCCGGGUUUUGUGCUGCGCCAUGUGUCUGGAAACGGCUGGAAGCAUCCGAGGGCCUGAACGGAGGAUCGUCCUGGUGGGCAAAUCCGGAUAUGGGAAAAGUGCGACGGGAAACACAAUUCUGGGCAGCAACGUCUUCAAGUCUGACUGGUCACAUGAUUCAGUAACAGAGGCAUGCCAAAAGGAGGAGACGCAGCUGAACGGCAGGAAGGUUGUGGUUGUGGAUACGCCUGGCUUUCCCCACACCAGACAUCCACACAAGGAUAUCGUUGCAGAAGUGAGCAAGUGCGUGACGUUUUGCUCCCCGGGUCCUCACGUCAUUCUGCAGGUGAUACGUUCUGGUCAUUUACUCCAGGAAGAGGAGGAGGACGUGGCUCGUCUGAUCAAAGAUAUUUUUGGCCCGAAAGCCAAGGAUUACACGAUCCUCUUGUUCACCCACCAAGAGAACCUGGAAGGUGAAUCUCUUGAAAACUUCAUAUCUGACUGUGAUGAAAACUUGAAGAAAUACGUUGCUGAACGCGGGAACCGGUGCCUGGCUUUCAACAACAAGGCCGAAGGGGCAGAACGAGAGGCUCAAGUAGCCCAACUGAUGACCAUGAUUGAUGAUCUGGUGGAAACGAACCGAUACGCUCCUUGUUACACCGAAGACAUGAUGAACGUCAACGAAAGAUACGACUCCUGGCUUAUGAAGGACAAAUCGAAGUAA